AUGGCGUCCAGACACAGCAGCAGGCUUGCCAGGAUAUUCCCCUGUUUCCACAACGAUGCAGGCGAGCAUCUGUCCUCCCCCAGCAAUGACCAUGACCACCCAUCAGCAUCCAAAGUACCAUCAUCCGCCCCCGAAGCAAAGUCCAAAUCGAAACCUACCCGCCCAGCCAGACACAUGUCCACUAAGCAGCAGGCUGAGGCCUACAUCCCGACUUGGCAGCGCCUAGACGUCCCCGACAAGUCCGCCGCCACCGGACGCCGCAAGGCUGCCUCCGUCUCCAACGGGUCCAGCUUCGAUUUCUCCACCUCCACCUCCACCUCCACAGAAAGUCUCGAGAGCAGAAGAAGACACAAGAGGAGCCAGUCCGAGGAGGGCAGGAAUAGCAACAUGCUCUACUUUGGCGACGGAACCUCGCCGCCCCCAGCCCGGAGGAUGUUCAACAGCGCUGCUGGUAGCGGCGGCGGCGGCAUGGCCAGUAGCAGCAGCACGCAAAUGAGCUCGUCCCUACCGGCCAGGGGCGGGAACGGGAUCUUGACUGGACGCGAUGCGAGUGGGUAUACGGCGACGGGCAUGACGAGUUCGAAUAUCAUGAGCGGCACGUACGCGAGCCUCACGUACGGGGGAAGUCUGCAGGCCAACUAUGCGCAGAACCAGAGCUUUGGGGCUGGGACGGGACUUGGAGGGCUGGGCUGA